AUGUCGAGAACGUUAUCGCAACCGAAUUAUUGCAGUUGUACUGUACAUCAAGCUCGAAAUUUGCCAGAUAAAGGCAAAAGCAAUGGAAUUGAUGCUUUUUGUACAAUAUCCAUGGGAAAAGAAAAAUUCGUUACUGCCGUACGAGAAAAAACUCGUGCACCUGAAUGGCAAGAACAAUGCGACAUGGCUAUUCCGGAUGAUGCAACAAUAAAAUUAACUGUUUAUCAUAAUACUAAAAAUGCUUUAUCUAAAGGUGAUUUUGUUGGUCGUACUUAUGUAUCUCUACGUGAUCUACAAGAUUAUGAUCGUGUUCAUCGAAGUUGGUAUAAACUUACAAAUAAAGAUGGUAAAGCUGAUAAAGAACGAGGUGAAAUCGAUGUAUCAUUACAAUUUUUUUCAAAAAAUGAUACAACUGGCAGUGUAUUAGAUUUAGCAACGAAAAAAAAGCAUCUUUCAUUGAAAGAUAUUAAACAUUCGUUAGGUAGUAAAUUAACAAUAGCUUCGAAACAGAAAAAACAAGAUAAUUACACUGGUGAUAAUCAGUUAGCUCAUCAGCGUCAUCGCCUAGGUGGCGGUGAUGAUAGUACAUUUAAUGUACGCGAUUUUCUCGAUGAUUCAGCAUCGGAGUCACAAUAUUCUGAUAACUUUAUUUGGGAUACUUCUUCUUCCAUUCGAGAAGAAGAUGAAGAGUCAACAUCAUUUGCGGGUUCACAUAUGUCACUUAAUAGCAUGUCAUACAAUAAUCAUGUUGAACCACAACAAAAAAAGUCAAUGUCCUUGAAUAGACGAGAGGAUGAUAUGCCUCGGGCUCCAAGUAGUGGACUUGGAUCGAUAUUAGGUACAGGAACACCACAUUCAUCACGUCGUUCAAUAACAUCAGAUUAUGAUACAUCAUCAAUACUUGAUUCAGCUUCAAUGUAUGGUGGUGAUGAACCGUCCACACCAUCUCCUCCUGUUCGUUCUCAAGUACAACAACAGCAACAACAACAACGCGAAACUCAUGUGGAUAAUGGUUUACCACCAAGAAGUAAUUCAAUGCGUAGAAAAUCUAAGGAACCAUCAUCAUCAACAACAUUACCAACUGUUGUAACAACAAAACUUACAAACAAUACUCCACCCUUAACAGAAAAUAGUCGAAGUUUUUCUGUUACAGGCGAUGAUAUAGAAGCAGCAUUCGAUGCUAUUAAUGAUUAUAAAACCUCAACAAAUGAAUCAUCAAUAAAUAAAUCAAAAGAAUAUGACGCAUCACCGCAUGAUUCAUUAUUUGGUUUAUCGACAAUAAAAGAAGCAGUAGAUACAGAUGAAAUUAUUCCUGAUCCAAGUUCACCUAAACAACAUACCGAUGAAGAAUUAGAUGAUAUCGAUUUUGAUAACUGUUUUAGUACAUUUAAACAGCAACAACACCAACAACAAAAUCAAACAAAAAUUAUUGAAGAAAAACCAAUUAAAAAUUUUACUAUAUCAUCGUCUGUUAAUCAACAAUCACCUAAAACUCAAGAAUCGAAAUCUGUUCGUCAUUCCAAAGAACCAAAACGUGCAGCACCUAUUCAUACUGAUGAAAUACAUACUCCAACCGUUUCAGUACCAUCACCUAAACUUAAUAAAACAAUAACGCCUACUGUUAUGAUUACAACAGAAAAACAAAAAGAAACUAUUACAAAUAAUUUAGAUGAUCUAAAUGAUUCUGGUGAUGAAGAUGUUGAUGAAUUAUUGGGUAAAUUGGAACGAAUGUCGAGUAUGCGUUCUUCGACGAAACGAAAAAUUCAACCAAAAGACGAUAUAAUGCAACAAUCAUUUUCUGAGCAAUUGUCCUCUGAAAAUCAACAUCGUCCGAUUAAUUUGAAGUAUUCAACACUUCAAACAAAUAAGAAAAUUCAAAGUCGAGUUUUAUCAUUUGAUGAUAUUGAUGAUAUAGCCACACCAAGUAUCGAAACUGAUACUAAGAAUAUUCUUGAUCCGCCAGUUAAUAAUAGAUUUGCAAGUAGUUAUACUCAAAACCAAUCGUCACCAUAUGCUAAUCGAACAGAUAGAACUGGCAGUACAACAUUACCAGAUAUUGUUGGUGAACAAUCAGUGAAAAGUUCAACUAAAAAUUCAGUAUCAUCAUCAAUUACAAGUAAUAAGAAACAAAAUGAUAAUGGUCUUUGUGUACUUGGAUAUGAAAAUGUGAAAAGUGCAGCUGUCCAUCCUAAAGUUCGUCAAGAACUUGAUUAUCUUGAUCGUGAAGAGCUUCUCCAUGUUAUUGCAUAUCAAUCAGAUUUACUUAAAAAACGUGAUACACGUUUGAAAGAUCUUGAAAGCUAUACAGAUAGUUUACUUGUUAAAAUACUUGAACAAUGUCCAACUAUACUUCAAAACGGAACUCUCAAAUACAACAGCAAAUGA